CAGGCACAGUCCGUGAACGGAGUCAGUCAAUGUGGGACGGAGUUUUGCCUGUUUGUUAGUGGAGAAGGAAGGAGGGGGAGAGCGGGUCGUUGACUUGACACAGGGCUUGCUUGAAAUCAGUUCGGAGAGCAAGAAUGGCGUCGGGUGAGACACUGUACAUUGAAACUGACGGCUCGGAGAUGCCGGCCGAGAUCGUCGAGCUGCACGAAAUCGAAGUUGAGACCAUCGAGACUACAGUGGUCGGUGGAGACGACGACGACGACGACGAGGAGCACCAGCCGAUGAUCGCUCUGCAGCCUCUUGACGAUCCGAACCACGUCAACCAUCAGGAGGUGAUUUUGGUCCAAACUCGCGAGGAGGUCGUGGGCUGCGAUGAUUCAGACCUCCACGCAGACGACAGCUUCGAGGACCAGAUCCUCAUUCCCGUCCCUGUUCCGGUGGCAGAGGAGGAAUAUAUCGAGCAGACUUUAGUGACCGUGUCUGGCAAGAACCCGUCGGGUAGGAUGAAGAAAGGGGGAGGCAGUGGGAAAAGAAUGGUCAAAAAGAGCUUCCUCAACUCCGCCGAGGCGAGCGGACGCAAAUGGGAGCAGAAGCAAGUACAAAUCAAAACACUGGAGGGGGAGUUUUCCGUCACUAUGUGGGCAUCGGAUGAUAAGAAAGAUGUCGAUCAUCAUGAGACCGUGGUGGAGGAGCAGAUCAUUGGGGAAAACUCUCCUCCCGAUUACUCCGAGUAUAUGACAGGCAAAAAACUGCCACCUGGUGGCAUACCUGGAAUCGACCUGUCAGACCCCAAGCAACUGGCAGAGUUUGCAAGAAUGAAGCCCAGGAAAAUAAAAGAAGACGACUCUCCAAGAACGAUAGCAUGCCCCCACAAAGGUUGCACAAAAAUGUUUCGGGACAACUCCGCUAUGAGAAAGCACUUGCACACCCAUGGGCCACGGGUUCAUGUCUGCGCUGAAUGUGGGAAGGCGUUUGUGGAAAGUUCCAAGCUAAAACGACAUCAGUUGGUUCAUACUGGUGAAAAACCUUUCCAGUGUACUUUUGAGGGAUGUGGAAAGCGCUUCUCUUUGGACUUUAACUUGCGCACACACGUGCGGAUUCACACUGGAGACAGACCGUAUGUUUGCCCGUUUGAUGGCUGUAACAAGAAAUUUGCUCAGUCCACCAACCUGAAGUCUCACAUUUUGACACACGCGAAAGCUAAGAACAAUCAGUGAGAUCGCUCGCUGAGGAAAGUUCCCUAAAGACAUUGUCUGGCAACAGCUUCCCGUUCCAAAACCCACUUUGUAUGUCGUUUCUAGAACCAUUCUUUUCUAAGAGAAUCUCAGUGCACAUUUUGAUGGGAAAUGAAAUGUGAAUGAGGACCUGAUACCAAACUAUCCCGUCAACCUUCUCAUGGUAUAGACCUGAAUGAAAUAACUUCCCGGUUAUGAGAGUUUCUUCUUUUGAAGAUGUGAUUGUUUUUGUGGACCCUCAUUCACAUACAAGAUGCUCAUUAUCCUGAGCCCAAAGAAGCAAAUUGUCCAUCAGCGUGUCCGUUUCUACCAGUUUGCAAAGACAAGGACUGCUUUUUAGAUGUCUUCAAAGUGUGCAUAUUGUACACUUUUUAGAGCGUAGAGCUGUCAUAAUAUGUGUGUGUGUGCGCGUGUGUGUUGUCCCUGAGACUUAAAACCUGUGAAUGCGUUUCUUUAAGGAGAAUGAGUUGGCAUUCAGCUUCUUUUUUUCUUUUUUUUCAAUGUAAAUACAGCUUUUCUUUGUGAGAGGUAUCCUGUGCAGGUAUCUCAUUUUGUAUACCUGACAUGUAUAAAUGUUUUGAAAUCAUGUAGAUAGAGAUGUUGAUUAGAUUGUGUUUAACCAAUUAAAACAGUUUUAUUCAGCUUCAGGAAGUACUGCUACAUACACAUGCCUUCUUUUGUAACACGAUAACAAUCUACUCAGUAUGUGAAAAGACACUUUUCCAUUGAAUUCUCUAAUUUAUUUGAUGAUAUGGAAUAAAGCUAAACUCCCCUG